AUGACUGACCUCACCAUCACGGAGGGAACCUUUGUCCUGCCUGAUGGGGUCGAGGUCUACCAAAAGACCUGGUCGCCUCCUACUACGAAUCCCCCCCUCGCCAUUAUCGUCCAUUUCCAUGGUUUCAGCGAUCACAUCAACAACUACUACGACCUCUUCCCCACUCUAGCCCGUCAACGCAUUCUCUGCACCGGCAUUGAUCAACGCGGCUGGGGCCGAUCGGUGCGGUGCAAGGCCGACCGGGGGAAUACGGGCCCCACCCCCCUCAUUCUCGCCGAUAUGGCCGCCUUCAUCCACGCCCAACAGCAAUCCUUCCCCGACCUCCCUCUAUUUCUCAGUGGUCAUUCCAUGGGCGGCGGACUCGUGGCCACGCUCGCCUCCACCCCCAAGUACCAGUCGCUGGUCGCCUCCCUGCGCGGUCUCAUCCUCGAGGCGCCCUACAUCGGCCUCACCCCCGAGCAGACCCCUAGUUCGCUGCUGGUGUUUGCCGGGCGCUUGGCUGGGCGCCUGCUGCCGCACUUUCAACUCACGCAGAAGAUGGUGAUCGAGAACCUGGUGCGCGAUCCCGAAGUGCAGCGGCAGAUCAAGAACGACCCGCUGAACCACAUGACGGGAACGCUGGAGAUGUUUGCCAAUAUGCUGGAUCGCGCCGCCGCGCUCACCGCCGGGAAGCUGGUUCUGUCCCCGGGGGUGCAGUCGGUGUUGGUGGCCCAUGGCACGGGCGACCAAUGCACCAGCUACGAGAUCAGCAAGCGGUGGUUCGACCAGCAGACGAGGCGGGUGCCAGCGCAGCAGAAGAAAUUCGCCUCGUACGACGGAUGGAGUCAUAUCAUGCACGCCGACCUGCCGGAGCUCCGCGCGGUCUAUGCGAAUGAUGUAGCGGCGUGGGUUGUGGAACGAUCGCAGGAGAAGUCGGUGAGAUUGUGA